AUGAAGAUGGAGUUCGUGCCAUACAUUGAGUCCCUCUUCCCUGCCAUGCUGAUGAGCAUCACAGGUGUGGCCUCGUUCCUUUGUGAGAAAGACCAAAAUGAGGACCCUGGGCAUAGGGCCGCGCUGGCGUUGGUGCAGCGGUUCGGCGAUCUGUGUCCUCAUAGCUUGCUUGAUGGCUUUGAGGGCGCCUAUUGCUGCACCUUGCAGAGUGAUUCGCCCGAGGAGACGGCGCGAAAUGCCGUGACCCGCGAGAAGACUGUGGUCUUACUGGGCAAGGUGGCUGAAAAGAUUUUGGAGCACAAGAAGUUUGGACAAGACCUCCUGAGCACGGAGGACUGCUCCAAUAAAGCCACCAGAGAGCGUGUGCUCUUGCUCAUUCUAUUGGCGAGGUUCGACGCAGAUGCCUCAGUGAAGCGAGUGGCCAAUGGCUUGUGGAAGACAGCCGGUGGGGCUCCGAAGGUUCAGAAGGCCAUCAUGCCCAACAUGACAAGGUUCUUGGAACGCUUGCGUGGCGGCGACCGGGGCCCCGGCGCUCAAAAGUUGGCGUUGGAGGCCAAGUGA